GUCAAUUUGUCAGCUGUCACACUAGAAUGGAGAAUGAGUUUGAGUAUAAAUUAUAUAAAUAGAUAGGUAUAUUUAUUUUUAAAGUGAUAUUUUUAAUGUGAAAUAUAUUAAGUUGUUUCUAAAUUUUUAUGUACAAUAUGGAAACCAAAGUAGCAGUAGUCACAGGUAGUAACAAAGGCAUAGGAUUCGAAAUCGUGAAAGGUCUAUGUCGAAAGAUUGGUGCUGUUUACCUAACUGCAAGAAAUGAAGAAAGAGGACGAGAAGCUGUGGAAAAACUGGAGAAGUUGGGACUGCGACCUUUAUUUCAUGUUCUAGACGUAACUGAUGAAACAAGUAUACAGGAAUUCGCGAAUUAUAUUUCGACACAUCACGCUGGAAUCGACAUCUUAGUGAACAACGCCGGUAUUUUAGAUUUCGACAAAUCAGUUACAUCGUAUGAAGAUGCCAAGAGGCUUAUGGACACAAACUUUUACAGCCUUUUAUCGAUAUCAAAAAUAUUGUAUCCGCUCUUAUCAAAUAACGCGCGCGUCAUUAAUAUGAGCAGCGACUGGGGCUUGUUGUCUAACAUUAGGAAACAAGUGUGGUUGGACACACUAGUGAAGGACAACCUCACAACUGUGGAGAUUUCACAAUUCGUGGAGGACUUUCUUCAGGCUGUUAAGAAUGGAAAAAAUUCAUUUGUGUCCUUCGCUGGACAUUAUAGUGAUUAUAAAGUGUCCAAAGUCGCCAUGUCGGCUCUAACGUUCGUCCAGCAAAAAGAAUUUAUAAAGCAAGGGAAAGACAUAUCUGUUAACUGUGUUCAUCCAGGCUUCGUCAAAACUGAUAUGACAAAAGGAAUGGGUGAUUUUUCUCCAGAACGUGGGGCGAAAGCUCCGCUCUACUUGGCGGUGGAUGCUCCGCAGUCCCUCAAAGGCACGUUUGUGUGGCACGAUUGUCACCAAGUGAACUGGGAUGAUUAGACUUUGAAGAAAUUUAAUUAUUGUUUUCAAUUCUGUGAUAAAAGUGUCACACACUUAAACUUUAAUAUAUGUUUUUUU